AAAGAAUCAAUUAACCAUAUAAAUCUUCAACACAGAAACAACGGGAGCUUGCCGAUUUUCCUUCCAUAAGAUUUUCCGUUCUCCGCUGCUGCUCCUCCUCUCCCGGCGGCAGGAGAAGAGAGUUCUGUUUUCCCAACGAUAAGUAUACUCCUCCCGUUUUUUCGACUCCGAGCAGAAUGGGGAAGCAGAAGGGAGAUGGCGGUAGGAGCAAGAAUCGUCCGUCAAGCAGCAGUCUCGCAGCUUCUCUACUGCCGUCGGCUUCUUCUGCAGCAGCCGUGGGGUUUGGCGGCUAUGUUGGGAGCGCUCGUCUUGAUACUUCAAUUUCAGGAGACGACUCCGCCCCCUUUCUGGACGUCGACAGUGAAGUUGCACAACACUUGAGGAGGCUAGCUAGGAAGGAUCCUGUGACCAAGCUUAAAGCACUGCAAGCAUUGGCUACUCUCUUCAAGCAGAAGGCUGGAAAGGAUAUCGCUCUCAUUAUACCACAAUGGGCCUUUGAAUAUAAGAGGCUGUUGAUGGAUUACAAUAGAGAAGUUCGGCGGGCAACUCAUGAAACCAUGACCAAUCUUGUUGUUGCUGUUGGUCGAGAUUUAGCUCCUCAUCUGAAGAGUUUGAUGGGACCAUGGUGGUUUUCUCAAUUUGAUCCAGUCUCUGAAGUUUCCCUGGCUGCAAAGCGAUCUCUACAGGCUGCCUUUCCAGCACAAGAGAAAAGAUUAGAUGCAUUCAUUUUGUGCACGGUGGAGAUAUUCCAAUAUUUGGAAGAAAAUUUGAAGUUAACACCGCAAAGUUUGUCAGAUAAAGCUGUGGCUUUGGAUGAAUUGGAGGACAUGUACCACCAGGCAAUUGCUUCCACAUUGCUCGCAUUGGCAACACUUAUUGAUGUUUUUUUUAGCUUGCGAUCUGAAACAUCUGGCUUUGAGGAUAUAGUUGCUGAACCAAGAAAUGCCUCAAAGGCUAGGGCAACUGCUAUUUCCUUUGCUGAAAAGUUGUUCUCUGAUCACAAAUAUUUUUUAGACUUUCUGAAGUCAGAAAACCCAGCAGUCAGGUCAGCUGCAUAUUCAACACUGAAGAGCUUCAUUAAAAGCAUUCCUCAUGUUAUCAAUGACGAAAAUAUGAGAACUAUAGCUGCUGCUGUACUUGGCGCAUUCCAAGAGAAGGAUCCAGCUUGUCAUUCAUCAAUGUGGGACGCUGUAUUAUUGUUUUCGAAAAAAUUCCCUGAAAGCUGGGCGAUGAUAAAUGUUCAAAAGAAUUUUUUGAGCCGGUUUUGGAAUUUCUUAAGGCAACAAUGUUUUGGAUCUCAGCAAGUCUCUUAUCCUGCAUUGGUUCUAUUUCUGGACACUGUGCCUUCUAAAUUAGCAGGAGAGCAGUUCUUCCUUGAUUUUUUCCGCAACCUAUGGGAUGGGAGGAAUCCAUUGCGUUCGACUGUAGCUGAUCGUCUAGCAUUUUUCAAGGCAUUUAAGGAAUGCUAUCUUUUUGCUUUGCAGAAUGCAUCCAGGUAUUGCAGUGGGGUUGAUGCCAUGCAGAGAUUUAGAGUCACCCUUGUUGGAGAUAUCCUUGUAAAGCUUCUUUGGAGCGAUUACCUAUUUUCUGGAGGGUUCAAUCAUCAAGAUGCAGGUUCUUCUGUUAAGAAGACAACACCAUCAGUGAACCUGAAAUAUCCCUGGAGUUAUUUGGAAGAAUUGGGGAAUUGUGUUAUAGAAAUUCUUUCUGAAAGCUACUUAACAGAAUACGAUGUGCUUUCUCCAUAUUCUGUGGCAUUCCGGGAGGAUUGUGUCGGCAUGUUUCAGCAAACGGCAAAUGCAGAAGAAAGAGCAGAACAUGUUGAAAGAAUUAUUAAGUUUUUGUCAUUACUGGAGCAGUAUUCUGUUAAGAAAGGUGAAGCUUGGCCCUUGGUUCAGUUGGUAGGACCAAUGUUGGCAAACUCAUUCCCGUUGAUAAAAUCUUCUGAUAUCCCAGAUGGCAUCAGACUUCUAACAGUGGCAGUCUCAAUUUUUGGUCCACGGGCAACACUCCAUCAACUUUGUAACUGCAGCGCUGGGAGUCCUGGCAGUGCUAAUCCUAGUGAAAGGAAGUUAGAAUUGGCGGAUUUCAUGCAAGCAUUCAGUGAGACAUUUGUCCCGUGGUGUUUGUCUGGUCACAGUUCUUCCAUCAAUAGCCGACUUGAUUUGUUACUCGAAUUGCUAAAUGAUGAAUAUUUUCCCAAGCAGUGGGACAUUGUUGUUUCAUGUGCAAUUAAUAGAGCUACCGUUAGAGGUAGAAUGGAGCCUGGGACCGUAGAAUCUGAAAGAUUGGUUUCACUGGCAAUGCUCUUGGAUAAAGCAAGAGUUCAAAUAACAAGGAAGCUGUUGACUGGAUCCUCUGAGUAUCAGCACUGGUAUAACCCGGAGGCAUGGUAUCAUGAGCUUCUCGAGUCAGCUGCUGUUCUUGUUGCCUGUUCUUCAGUCACGUUCAACCAUUCUGCUGCUCAGUUUUUGGGCGCGGUUCUUGGUGGCCUAGUCAACGAGAAGCAAAUUUCGUUUGUGUCAAAAAACACGAUAAUUUUGAUCUUCAAAGAGAUUGAGAAAAGAUUGCUAUCCUUCAUGGCCAAGUCCUGUUUAGAUUCUGUCAAAGAGUCGGAUUCUAUAUUAACUGCACAGAUACUCAAUGUUGCAACUACCAGUGAGGGCUCUGAGAGCACAAUUGAGAUGGCCCAAGCUUCCCUUGAUAUACUUAACUGUAGCUUCUUUUGCUUGAAAUCAAUAUCAGAGGAAGUCGACCUAGUGUCAGGUAUCUUGGCUGCUGUCUUUGUUAUAGACUGGGAGUUGGACUUGAUAAAAAUGCAAGAAGAUGCUAUUAAUGAUGCAUCACAUGAGAAGAUGAAGGGAAGAAGGGAAGUUUGCCAAGUCGCGCAUGAUCUUUGCCAGAGAAUGAAGGAUGGAUUCUGUAAAAGCCUUUCGGCAGACAUCCGAAAGAAACUGGGAAACCUUCUGGUUCAAGUUGUUAGGUUUGUCAUCUUGAAGGAAUAUAAGCUGCGUGCUAAUAUAAUCACAUCCAUGUGCUGCUCUUGGCUGGUGGAAGUACUUUCGCGUCUUUGCCUUGAUCAAGCUGAGGAACAGAAAUUACUUGACCAGGUUCUGGGCAAGGAUCAGAUCUGGCCUUCAUGGAUUGUUGCUGAUUUCACCAUUGGAAAUGGAGCCAGUAUAUUAAAUAUGGAAAAUGACUUACAGGCGUCUUUCAGUCUCAAAUUUAUUUCUCUGAUUGACAAGCUUAUUUCGAGGAUUGGAAUCGGUAAAGUUCUUUGCCUUGAUGAUGGCAGCAUCCCUCUGAAGGAGUCAAUGGACGAAGAAAGUACUCGAGCCUGGCUUGCUGCUGAAAUUUUAUGUACAUGGAAAUGGAUAGAUGGUACGGCUGUUGAUUCUUUCUUGCCCUUGCUGAGUCGAUAUGCCAAAGCAGGGGAUCAUCCUAGUGUACACAGCUUACUAGAUGGUAUCUUGGACAUCCUGCUUAGUGGUGCUCUUGUUCAAGGACAAAGGGGCAGACUGAGGCUCUUAAAUGUGUGGCCUGCUCUGAAUGAUGAGAUAGGAAAAAUUACAGAACCAUUUUUACGAGCUUUGUUAUCUUUGGUUGUUACUUUGUUCAAAGAUGGUAUAUGGGGAAGAGACAAAGCCAUUGAAAUGUUUGAGAUUCUCAUGAUGAAGCUCUAUGUUGGAGAAUCAAUCAACCAAAAUUGCCUGAACAUUCUUCCCUCGAUCAUUACUGUUCUUAUACAGUCAUUGCGCCAACACAAUCAACUUGAUCUUCUAGAUGAAAGACUGCAGCAUAUUCUCAGAGAUUGGCUACAUAGGACCUUGAUGUUCCCACCAUUGGUUGAAUGGACUUCAGGACAAGAUACGGAAGAAUGGCUGGAGCUGGUUAUUGCUUGUUAUCCGUUGAGGUCAACCCCUUGCAUAAAAUCUUUGAAGUUGGUGAGGGACAUUGGUGUGGAAGAGAGAACACUUGUACUUGAGUUAUUCCGCAAACAGAAACACCGGACAUCUGUAGUAGCUAAUCAACUUCCAGUUGUCCGGAUGUUACUCUCUGAGUUGUUAGUCAUUUGUGUUGGUUAUUGCUGGAAAGAAUUCGCUGAGGAUGAUUGGGAGUUCUUUUUCUCGCAAGUUAGGUCUUCUAUUCAGUCGGUGGUUGUUAUGAUGGAAGAGACUACAGAAAACGUGAAUGAUGUUGUUUCUGAUGGCUUAACCUCUAAAAGUUCAGAUGUUUUGAAGCAGUUAGAUCAUCUUGUUUCAGCUUCCGACUCUUCUGCUGUUAAUGUUGCUAGCAAUUCCUUGGCUUCUUUCUCAUUGUUUCGUGAGGGUUGGGAACUCCAACGGUCAAGUAAGGAUGAUUCCAGCCCAAUUGUUCUGGAGAGAUGGAAUCCGACCAUUGAUAGACUCAUAGAAGCUAUUCUUCGCUUAUUCUUCUGCACUGGAAUUUCUGAAUCCAUUUCCAGUAUGUACAGUCAUGAAGCUGCAUUAGUUGUCGCAGAAUCUCGAUGUUGUAAUUCCUUAUUUUGGCAGUUGAUUGCUUCAAAUGUUAUCAACUCAUCUUCACAAGCAAGAGAAAGAGCAGUGAGGGCUGUUGAAUUCUGGGGGUUGAGUACUGGAUCAGUCAGUUCCUUGUAUGCAAUUUUGUUCUCCUCUAUACAAAUUCCAUCUCUACAGCUUGCUGCUUAUGUCAUUCUUUCAACUGAACCUGUUUCACGGUCGGCUGUAGUCAAGGGCUCUGAUGUUGUAAUGGAUGAUGUUAGCAGUGAUGAUCAGGAGUCAUCUAGUCUUGUGCUGCCAUCAGAGAAAAGUAUUCAGUUGCAGGAGGAAUUAAGUUUUAGAGUUGAGAAACUUUCCUAUGAAGUGCUUGAAAUGGAUUUGCUGGCACAUGAACGAGUAAAUAUUUUACUAUCUUGGUCUUUGCUGCUGUCACACCUGUGGUCAUUACCAGCAUCAUCUCCUUCCAGAGAGCAAUUGGUCCAGUAUGUUCAAGGUUCUGGUAACUCAAUAAUACUAGAUUGCAUCUUCCAGCAUAUUCCUCUAGAAGCGUGCUAUUCUCAGACCCUUAAGAAGAAAGAUGCUGACCUGCCUCCUGAGGCAUCAGAGGCUGUAAGUGGAGCAACUAGGGCCAUAACUACUGGCUCAUUAUUGUUUGCGGUGGAAUCAUUAUGGCCAGUUGGGACCAAGAGCAUGGCCUCUCUUGCUGGAGCAUUAUAUGGUUUUAUGCUUCGAGUUUUCCCUGCUUAUGUUAGGGGGUGGUUCUCCGAAUUCCGUGAUCGCUCUACCUCGUCUCUUAUUGAAACCUUUACACGAACAUGGUGCAGUCCUGCUCUGAUUGUUGACGAACUGUCUCAGAUAAAGAAAGCGGACUUCGCUGAUGAGAUGUUUUCAGUGAGUGUGAGCAAAUCGGCAAAUGAAGUCGUGGCUACAUAUACAAAAGAAGAGACAGGAAUGGAUCUAGUCAUCCGUCUUCCUGCGACAUACCCACUACGCCAUGUUGACGUUGAUUGUAUGAGAAGUCUUGGGAUAAGUGAGGUGAAGCAAAGGAAAUGGUUAAUGUCUAUGAUGAUGUUUGUUCGCAAUCAGAAUGGAGCAUUAGCUGAAGCCAUAAGGAUAUGGAAGAGUAAUCUGGACAAAGAGUUUCAAGGAGUGGAGGAGUGCCCAAUAUGUUACAGCGUCAUACAUACAGACAACCACAGCCUUCCUCGACUUGCUUGCCGGACUUGCAAACACAAGUUCCAUUCAGCCUGUCUCUAUAAGUGGUUCUCGACAUCCCACAAAUCUUCAUGCCCGUUGUGUCAGUCUCCCUUCUGAUGUGCAGACUUGGAAGUCGGUUAGGGAUCCCUAGGAAAGAAGAGCAUGUUGGAAACUUGGCAGAGUGAUCAUAGUACAGAAGGCGAGUUUCAUAAUUUCGGCAAUGUGUAUUGUGUACAGUGCAAGAUGGAAUUAGCUGUUGUUUGUCAGAUGGAGUUGUACUUUCGUUUGAAGGCGCAAAGAGAAUAGAUCGAUAGAGAACUUCUCACUUUCUAACUACGGCCAACUUGUGAUCAGGGGAAUAACCAAAAAACACUAUUUCGUACUUGGGCUUUAGUGGGUUUGCCGAUCAUACUAUCCACCAUUGUCCAUUGAAGAUCAAUUUCCUUGUCAUCCAAUGGCCCCAUUGCUGUUUGCAUAGUAUUUUUGCUUUUGGUGGAUCUUCUUGUUUUUUUUUUUUUCGUAGCAUUGACAGUCAUGAGUCAAGAGACACUUGCCUGGUUGACGCCAUUUGUGUCAUGUUCCAUCGUUGCAUUAUCAAUUUCAGUCGACGAAAACCGGAUCCUUGAUGGAGAUCCAAAAGUAGGAGGCGUUCCAGCCC